CUGUUUCCUGUGUCCAGCCAGGAAGCUGCUCCAUUGAAACCCCUAAAUCCCAAAUCUGGGGCUUUUUCCUGUGUCCAGCCAGGAAGCUGCUCCAUUGAAACCCUGUUCUGGCAGGUUUACAGCCAAUGAUGUCCAACCAGCAGCAAACAUACCAAGGUGUGAUGGGGGUACAACAGGCACAGCCCCCCGGGCUCCUCAACAGCCAGAGGAACAAUAUGGGGGGCCAGAUGCAGAGCGUGAUGGGGGUGCAGCAGGCCCAGCCCCCCGGGCUCCUCAGCAGCCAGAGGAGUGGGAUGGGCAACCAGAUGCAAGGUCUGAUGGUCCAGUACACGCCGCUGCCUUCGUACCAGGUUCCCAUGGCCAGUGAGUCCCAGAACGUGGUCCAGCAGCCCUUCCAGCAGCCAGUGCUUGUGCCAGCCAGCCAGUCUGUGCAGGGGGGGCUCCAGGCUGGAGGGGUCCCCAUCUACUACAGUGUCAUCCCCACUGCCCAGCAGAACGGCACCAG